UUUUCCAUAAAACAUCAACAAGUAAACACAACAAGUUGCAUUCGUUCAAGAUUACUCCCUUUAUUAAUCAAGAAUGAUCUGCCAAAUCAUAUUUUAUCUGCUAAUACUUACGGCUGCAGUAAAACCACAAAGUAUCAUUGAAGCGACUGGUUUAGAUAAUUUUGACGAAGACAGAACUUUAAAAUGCAACAAGAGACUUUACACAUACAGGGUGUCGCAAUUUGAUCAAAAUGGAAAGGAAUGUUGGGAUGUUUUAAGUGUGAUGGCUUGUUGGGGCAGAUGUGACUCUAAUGAGAUACCUGAUUUUCGUUUCCCAUACAAGAAGUCAAAUCAUCCAGUAUGUGUUCACUACGGAAGGAAUAAAGCUUUUGUAAUCUUAAGGAAUUGUGAGGAAGGUGCUUUGCCUUCUGCUGCAAGGUACGAAUACUACGAAGCGGCCGAUUGUAAAUGCCAGCAAUGCUCUUCUUUGGAUACCAGUUGCGAAGGUCUCCGGUACAGAUCACAACGUUCCGAACCGGAUGCUGGAUUUAAAAGGAUCAUCAGAAAUUAUUUCUAUUAACAUUCUGAAUACCGUCGUCCAAUUUAGUUCAAUAAUAUAUAUGUAAUUUCUGUUAUUUAUGUUAUUUAAGUUAUUGAAUAAAUAA